CCGCUGCCGCCGCCGCUUCGUUCUCUGCUAGUUCAUUGGGAGACGCGAUCGCUCCAUGCGGUUCUUCGGGCCGGAGCUGCUGCGCCGCUAGAGAGCCGGGGAGGGGGCGCGGGGGCGAGGCCAGGACCGGGGUCAUGGCGAGCGGCGGGGCCGGCGGGGAGGAGGGAGGCGGGGAGCGCCAGUGUCCGGAGCCCGAUGAGCCUUCCGAGCCGGGACGUGGCCCCGAGGGGGAGGAGGCGGCGGCGGUGGCAGUAGAGGCGGCAGCAGCGGCAGCGGCAGCAGCAGCGGACGGCGGGGGCCGGCGCUGGGGAGCGCAGCACGCAGGGGCCCGCGAGCUGGCCCAGCUCUACUCCCCAGGCAAGCGGCUCCAGGAAUGGUUCUGCGUGAUCCUCUGCUUCUCCCUCAUCACCUUCAAUCUGUGCCAUCUCCUGCGGCUUGCCAGCCUGGAGCACACACACCUGGUGCUGCUGGGAAUAUUUGCAGGGGCCCUCAUCGCUGACUUCCUGUCGGGGCUGGUGCACUGGGGGGCUGAUACAUGGGGCUCUGUGGAGCUGCCUGUGGUGGGAAAGGCUUUCAUCCGGCCCUUCCGGGAGCACCACAUUGACCCCACAGCCAUCACCCGGCAUGACUUUAUUGAAACCAAUGGGGACAACUGCCUAGUGACGCUGCUGCCUCUGGUGAACAUGGCCUACAAGUUCAACACUCUAAGCCCUGAUGAACUUUUUCAGCUCUAUCCCUGGGAGUGUUUUGUCUUUUGCCUCAUCAUCUUUGGAACCUUCACCAACCAAAUUCACAAAUGGUCUCACACCUAUGUCGGGCUUCCUCGAUGGGUCACUUUCCUCCAGGACUGGCACAUCAUCCUUCCCAGAAAGCACCACCGAAUCCACCAUGUGUCCCCGCAUGAGACCUACUUCUGUAUCACCACAGGUUGGCUCAAUUACCCAUUGGAGAAGAUUGGAUUCUGGAGACGGUUAGAGGAUAUUAUCCAAGGACUAACUGGAGAAAAGCCCAGAGCAGAUGAUAUGAAGUGGGCCCAGAAGAUAAAGUAGUCCCCAGCUGUUUCCUAUGAGCUCUAACGUUGUUGCCAACCUUUCCAAACAGCCUCUCUCUCUCUCUCUCUCUUCUAAACACACACACAGGGACACACACACACACAAGGACACACACCCCAUCCGCCAAGUGCCAGACUUGAAAUGAAAUUACUUGGAGACCUGCUCAGUAGAUGGGCAGCACUGAUAGCUUCUCUCUCCUUUGAAACAAAGAUGAUACUUGACAUGUAACAGAUUAACAUGGGGGGAGGGGCAGAAUCCCUGGGGGUGCCCGUCAUUGUUGAGAGUAAGGUGGCCCCCUCCUCAAAGAAGCACCCCAUGGAAACUCAAGGGAAUUUGUGGAGAAAGAAGGAAAAACCUGCUCUUGGGGUUGGUUGGCAUAGUCACCAUGUUUCUGCACUGCCUGGGAGAGCCUGGGGCCAAAUGGAGAUAGGAGGAAGAGCAGAAGGCAGAGGGUUAUGGUGACUUUGACUGGUCCAUUAGGGUUUUUAGUUAGUUUGAAUGCAGUCCUCCCAAGGCUGCUCUGCAUGAAAACAGCCCACGGAACCAAAGGAGCCCCGACAACAGCCAGCUCUUCAUGCACUUAAUGGUCUGUUCACCAUAGUGUCUCCUUUGUGCCCUUGGGGUGGGGGUUACCUGCAGGGCUGACUGGCCUCUCUCCCAUUGGGCUUGGGAAGCAAGGGGAGAAUCUUCCCCAGGCCAGUCUGGUCUCUCCCUCUGCCGAGACUGAGGGAAAUCUAUCUGUAACCUGCACUAGCCCUACCCUGACUCCCAGCUCAGUUCAGGAACCCUGCACCUCUACCCAGCCCCCAGGAACAGACUUGAGCCGGACAUUUCCCUUUUCAUCGAAAGGCGAUAAUUCAGCUGGUGCUAGAAAUGUUUCUUUGCACUGCAAGAGCCAUGAGCUAAGGGAAUGACUGGAUGGGAGGGAAAUGAUAGCCCUUUUGGAGAAGGGUUGUCAAAAGAGGAGAGUUGUUUUUUUUAAGGUGCUUGCUUGUUUAAUGUAAAUAAUAUAAAGCCUUAAUAUCUUUUCUGUAACAUGGAAUAAUAUUUUAUGGUGAUGUUUUGAAUGUAUAUAAUAUAUUUAUAACAAAGCA